CGGCGUGCGGCGCCUCGCGGGGAGGGGCUGGGGCGCUCCCUACUGCACCGUAUCUUAGUCCUGGAUCCCCUUCCUCCAUGGCAUCGCUUUUACUUUUAAAAAUAAGUCAUCACUAGGUUUCAGAAUGCUGAAUCAGACAUAAAUGAGUAUAUUUCUUCUCUCAGCUGUGUGUUAGCAUCUCAGUUGGGAAAGCUUUCGAGACACUUGGAAACGUUUCAAUGAAUUUUAUGGAUCACAGCAAUCCCAAGUGGGAAAACAGGAAGACAGGCAUGCUGAGGAGGAGAAAAUGGAUGGUUCUGCCAGAGCCUGACAGUCACAUUCAAGGAGUGCGCAGGGUGACAAAACCUUCUAACUAAGGAAGAUUUCAUCCCUCAAACCAAGAGCUCGUCAUGUCUUAUCAUUACAAUGAAGCCUUUGAAAAUCCUGACUACCACUUCUCAGAGACACUGGAAAUUGAUAGAAGGAGGAGUUCUCAAAAGAAUCUGUUCUCCCACCAAGCCACUGAUUAUUCUUCACUGCACGGUUCCUACGGAGAUGACAAUGAAAGAAGACAGAAUUACCCUUACCCUCUGGCCAUACCAAUGGCCUCCAUGAGUCAUGGCCCUGAACACAGAGAAGAUUUACAAAGGGUUAAUGUCCUAAGAAGAAGUCCAUGUAGAAGUUCCAUGGAUAAUCUUUCCUUUGAGCCUGAGAUAGAACUGUCAUACAGCUUACCUUCUACCUUCCACCUGCCGGAUCGCCCCUAUGCCUACAGAAAUUCCAAUGUAUCAGAAGAGGAUAAGUUAGUUGGAAAUCUUGCAAGUAUGCCCAGCAGUGAAAGGAUUAAAGCAAUCCAGAAGAUGCCAGAGACCAUGAAAAAGAAGAGAGAGAUCAGGAAUAAAGUUCUAAAAGAAAUAACAAAAAAAUCAAGGCAUGACUGUAUUCAACUUUCCUGCUGUAUGGAGUGUCUGCAGGGAACAGUAGUGGCUCUUCGGCGAUUUGGAAAUAGCUUGUCAGAGUAUUUUCACCUACUGCAAUUGUGGCACAAGACUCUGAAGAUCAUUGGUGCUGAGUUUGGAAAAAGUGUUCUUUCUUACUUUAUUUUCUUGAAGUGGCUGCUAACUUUCAACCUCUUCUCGUUCCUCAUAAACUUCAGUUUCAUCACAAUCCCUCAGCUUGUUGCAGCAGAACCAAAUAACCUUUCAUUCACGGGUCUGGAACUGCUCACUGGAGCUGGUUAUUUUCAACAAACACUACUCUACUAUGGCUUUUACACCAAUGCUACAAUCAGUAAAACAGAGAAUGGUCCAUCUUACAACAUGCAGCUGGCCUAUAUUUUCACCAUUGGAAUAUAUUUUGUCAUGUGGUUUUUUAUCUUGUUGUUCAGCAUGGCAAAAUCCUUCUGCAGGAACUUCAUUAACCCUCUGACAUACUCUGGAAUUUCUAACAAAUUUCUCUGCACUUGGGACUUCAAUAUAACUAAUGAAGAAGCUGUGAAGCUGAAACAAAAGAAUCUCAGCAUGCAAAUAAAGGAAGACCUUGCUAAAAUAAACAAAGAAGUUCUAAAUUUUUCUGCAACAGAGAGAGUUGUUCGUAUUGUUAUUCAUCUUGUUUCUUGGGUUGCUUCGCUGGGAACAGCAGUAGCUGCUUGUGCUGGUGUUUACUUUCUCUCAAUUAUUAACCUAAAGGUGUUUGUGAAAAGGCAUAAAAAUGACCUAGAGAGCCAAGCUGCCAUGUUGGUGCUACCUGUUAUCGUAUCUCUCCUCAACAUAUUUAUCCCAUUCUUCUACUCGUGGCUUGGACACCUGGAGAGAUUUCAGACUCCCGUAUACCAGAUAUAUGUCACUAUUACCAGAAAUAUCAUCCUGAAAAUAUCAAUUGUUGGAAUAUUGUGCUACUACUGGCUUAAUAUUGUGGCUGCAUCAGAGUCACAGUGCUGGGAAACUUUUGUUGGCCAAGAUAUUUAUCGUCUUGUUUUAGUUGACUUCAUAUUUUGUUUGCUUGGCUCUUUCUUUGGAGAGUUUUUACGGAGAAUUUUUGGAACUAUAGUCUUUGUGAACCUGGGAUUGCCAGUAUUUGAUAUCGGACGAAAUGUUUUAGAUUUGAUCUAUGCACAGACUUUGACCUGGAUCGGUAUCCUCUUUUCACCUCUGCUGCCUGGUAUCCAGACGAUAUCAUUUUCUAUAGUAUUUUAUGUGAAGAAGGUCAGCCUGAUGAAGAAUUGCCAAUCCCCUCGCAAAGUCUGGAGAUCUGCUCAAAUGACAACAUCCUUCAUAUUCCUGCUGUUUUUCCCUUCUUUCGUUGGAGUUCUGUCUGUCAUUGCAGUCACUGUCUGGAGGUUAAAACCUUCAGAAGAAUGUGGUCCUUUCAGAGGUUUGUCUUCUAUGUAUGCUGCAGUCUCUGAGUGGAUAAAAAUACUGGAAAAUUACACUACCUCAAAGUGGGUAGUGUGGAUCUACUAUAACUUAAUUACAAAUGAACUUUUCUUCUUCAUCCUCUCCACGUUUGUCCUAGUUAUUACUUAUCUUUACUGGCAAAUAACAGAAGGAAGAAGGACCAUGGUCAGACUCUUACAUAAGCAAAUCCAUAAUGGAAUAAAAGAUAAAAAGUUUUUACUUGAAAAACUACGGGAUCUGCAAAGGGGAAACCAAAACCCAUCUGUGCCAAGAGGACAAGGCCAGCAGGUCAGUUUGGUAGUUCAGUGCCCUGAUGCUGUUGGGAUCUUGAGGGGGACUGGCUUCCCACUAGAUUCAGAGGCAGCCCAGCCCAGUGGCAGGCCAGGCGUGUCUGAGGCAGUGGCGCUCGCUCUGCGUGCUCGAGAAGCAGCUCAGUGGGAAGAUGAAGAUGACGGCAGACUUUUGGCCAUGAACAGGCAGAAACAAUACUAAACGUGAAGUCAUUGGCUGAUGUUCUGCAGAAAAUGAUACUCAUUUGCACUGAUAACACUUCUUACCCCUAAAUGGAAGGAAAAAUAGAAAUGCAUCUCAAAUGUAAUUUAUUGUUACGCUGGGGAAUAUCCUGUGUGUUUGGUUUGUUUUUGAAGCAGUGAUAUACUGGUGACAGCCAGCUUUCCCCAGGACUGGCCGCUACCUCGACACAAUAAGGGUCCCUCCACAGCUGCUCACUUCUCCUUGAACAUAAGGGAACUUGUGCCUAUUGUAAAUAAAAGCUUUGGUCUAAAAAUACUGUUAUAUCCAUUAUAUUGUUCAAACUGCUUUUAUCUGAUCUAAAUCAGAAGUGACGUAUUGGUCAAAUAACAAUAGAAGGAAAGUAAAGUGUAGUUGUUUUUAAUGACAAGAGACCUUGUAAUGGCUGUAAAGUAGCUUGUGUGAACCAGGUUAAGCUUCUGUUCCAUUUUCAAUUUUCUGACCUACCUGUACAGUUUUACAGUUACUCAGAAGCACCUUUGUGUUAAGAGUUAUCAGAACCCUUUUUUACGAGUGCUUAUCAAAAUUUCUCAUCUGUGUAAAACCAGUGCUUGUGAACAAAAAGUUUAUACCUAUCUUUUCCAAUAAAGGAUAGAUUGGAAAUAACACAA